AUUGUGAUAUUUAUGUGAUACAGAUGAUGAUAAUAUAUUAAUCUUCAGAAUGAGGGAUUUCUUCAGUGUUGCUCCUUCACGUCUUUAAUUAUGGAGGAAACAUUAAAUCUCUUCACAUUUUAACAUCAGUUAGAAUAAAGUUCACAACCAGCCUGAACAUUUAGUAACAGGUUUAUUUUAACGUACUCUUAAUUUGUUUGUUUAUUCUAUUGUACUUUUUCAUACGUUUUAUUUUUUAACCAAAUUCCAUAUAUGUGCAAACGUACUUUGUAAUAUUCUCAUUCUGACAUCUGUGCAAAAGCCCAAAAAAACCAAAUUCACAUUAUUUAUUAUUUUAACAGAUGAGCGUCUACAACUAUAACUCUAGAGUUAUAGUUCAUGUUACAGAUUAUUUUAACCUAAUAUCUUGAUGGAGAUAUUUCAGCGAUAUUGUCGAGUUGACUAUCGAUGAUUUAACUAAAUAUUUACCCGAUGAUAUUUUAUGAUAAAUGAUCAUCAGUGAUGUGGAUGUGAGGACGAAUGAUAGAAGUUACACGUUACUGUAAUUCAGCCUUUAAGAGCAGGAAAAGAUGACGUUUAUAUUAUUAUUAUUAUUAUCACCAUAUAGACAUCGAUAUAAAACCGAUGUAUUGUCCAGCACUAAUUCAUGUUAACACACAAAUCUAUUAAAUAUUCUUUGCUUUACAAAUUCUGAAUAAUAUUUCAACCCUGAUAAGAUGAAUUUGUGCUCGUUUGAUAAUUGUUAUCGUGCUGUAAACUAAUUCAUUAAAUAAUUAUUUCAUCCUGAGUGUUUCUUAUAAAGUCUGCAGACAGCAGGAUGUAAAGUUGUUCACACAUUUACAACAACAGUUUGAUCCACGUUUUCAGAACAUUAACGUAUUGUUUUUAAUCUUGUAUCUGAGGGUUGUUUCUUUCUUAUCCUCGCUGAUGGAAAACACACAAUAUUCACGAUUAAUAUAUUAUAUUUAUGAUAAAUAAUGCAGCUCUCCUGUUAACACAUGAACGUACUUUCUAUCCCUUUUCAGGCGGUGUGUGUGGAGAAGAACGCCACGCUGGGUGGAACCUGUCUGAACGUCGGCUGCAUCCCCUCAAAGGCUCUGCUCAACAACUCCUACUUCUACCACAUGGCUCACGGCAAGGACUUCGAAAGCAGAGGCAUCGAAAUUUCAGGGCUCUCGUUAAACCUGGAGAAGAUGAUGGCUCAGAAGAGCGGAGCCGUCAAAGCUCUGACCGGAGGAAUCGCUCAUCUAUUCAAACAGAACAAAGUGAUCCACGUUAACGGGUACGGGAGGGUGAGCGGUAAGAACCAGGUGACGGCCGUGGCAGCAGACGGCAGCGAGCAGGUGAUCAACACCAAGAACAUCCUGAUCGCCACCGGCUCUGAGGUCACACCUUUCCCUGGGAUCCAGAUCGAUGAGGAGAGCAUCGUGUCGUCUACAGGAGCUCUGUCCCUGAACACGGUUCCAGAGGAGAUGAUCGUGAUCGGAGCCGGAGUCAUCGGAGUGGAGCUGGGGUCCGUUUGGCAGCGUCUGGGCUCCAAAGUCACAGCGGUGGAGUUCCUCGGCCACGUGGGCGGCAUGGGCAUCGACAUGGAGAUGGCCAAAAGCUUCCAGCGCAUCUUGCAGAAGCAGGGCCUCAAGUUCAAGCUCGGCACCAAAGUCAUGGGAGCCACCAAGAGGCCCGACGGCAAGAUCGAUGUGGCGGUGGAGGCGGCGGCCGGAGGGAAGAACGAGACUCUGACGUGCGACGUGCUGCUCGUCUGUAUCGGCAGACGACCGUUCACACAGAACCUGGGUCUGGAUUCUGUCGGCAUCGAGCUGGACAACAGAGGACGCAUCCCCGUCAACAACCGCUUCCAGACCAAAGUCCCCAGGUACCACGAGUGACCGGAGAACAAUUGAACCUUCUA